UCAAAUACAAAUUUGGGCUUCCUGAUGCUACUGAACUUGAUGUUUUUGAUGAAACCAACUCAUUAGUUGAGGAAGACAUCUUUUCGGAACUGAUAGGGGCCAAUCCAGAUUUAUGCCUGACAGUAUGUGACAAAAUUCCUGAUGGCGGAGGAUGCCUUCACGUAAACAUAAGGAGAAGUAUGCCCUGGGAAUCAUAACACUAUUUCCUUCACUAAAGGAUCCAUUUUCUCCAAAGGGCUAUGAACACUUCUAUGAUGCAGAAAAAGGCAGUGGAUAUUUAGCAUGGCGCCUUAAGACUAUGUCCAGAAACACAGUAAAAAGACCAGCCAAGACAGCUACAGUGGCCCAAGCACAAGGACCAAAGUGCCGAAGAUUGGCAGCCUCUUUGCCUGAGCAGCUUGAUGGAGAUGCCUGCAGGGAAGCAAUAUCAUUUCUCAAUCACUGUCAGGAUGAAGAAAGUGUGUUUCAGAAAAUGAAGAUGACCUUUCAAUAUCGCCAAGACCUUGUACAUGACCUACAGAGAACCACAGAUGUUUUUAAAACAUUUCCACGUUUCUUAGAUAUCAAAGGGCUGCUGAAUCAAGACUUUUUGUUGCUGUUUGGAGUUGAAACAGCCUCCAAGAUGCUUGAGAAGUGGGAGACAACUUUCAAGCCAAAGGUUAUCAAAGAGGCCAAACAGCUGACUCAGUCAACUGAGCUGUGCAGACUUCUAAAAGCAGCUGAGAAACUAACAGAAGAUGACACCACCUGGGACAGUGACAUGGCU